CUAAAUCCACCAAGCCUUUAGUAUAACGCACACAUUACAACAACGACAAAAAAGAAGAAACAUGACGAUGAAAACAUUUAUUGCAUUUUCCGCUUUGCUGGCAGUUGCCUCAGCUAGUGUAUCUUAUUACGCCCCAGCCGGACUGGUUAUUCCAGCCACAAAGCAUCAAUACCAUGCCCAGGAUGAAUUCGGCCAGUAUGCUUUUGGAUAUAGCGAACCCUUGUCAGCCAAACAGGAAGUGAAAACAUUGGAUGGCGUCACUCGAGGAUCUUACAGCUACACAGAUUCCGAUGGGAUUAUUCAGACAGUCGAUUACACAGCCGACGAGGGUGGUUUCAGAGUUGCAGCAACAAACCUACCUAAGCCAGUCGAAGCUCCCGAAGUUCCUCCACAAGAUAUCCCAAAACAAGUCGAAGACACACCCGAAGUUGCAGCUGCUAAAUCUGCUCACUUAGCUGCUGUCGAAGAGGCUAAACUACGAAAUGGUGACCAAGAGCCAGCACCUGCGCCAGUGACUGCAGCUCCUGUUGAGCUACCCCGACAAGUUGAAGAUACACCCGAAGUGGCACAGGCCAAGGCAGAACAUUUGAAUGCUGUGGAAGAGGCUAAGCUUCGAAAUGCCGCCAUCGAGAAGAUCGAUAAUGAGCUGUCAAUUAUUCGCAACACUCCAUUACUUGCUCCUCUGCAAUUGGCCUAUCGCUCUUUGUUGCCAAAUCAAUUCUCCUACACUUAUGGUCUGAGUGGUGCUCUUCCCUUGCUGUCAAACACGCAUUAUGUUACCUCGCAUGUUAUCCACUAAAACAAAAAUUGGUCUACAGAAAAGUCUGAUUGUGUGAUGUUAUAAGUGUACCUACUGCAAUUGUUACUUAAAUAAAGUUUAUUCAAGCAAAAA